AUGGCUUCGGGAAAGCAAAAUGGACUUGAAAGUCUUGAAUUUGAUAUUGAUGUCAAUGAUCAACAAAGCAAAGAGGAGGGAAAGACAUGUGGGAACGGCUGUGUAACAGAGGAAGACAAAAAUAAACCAACCUAUUCUGUGACUGAUGUCCCCCCGUGGUACCUUAGCAGUUUUCUGGCCAUUCAGCAUUACCUCCUAGCAUGUAGUGGAUUGAUCUCCAUCCCCCUCAUUCUCUCGGAGGGGCUGUGUCUGCAGCACGACAGCCUGACCCAGAGUCGCCUCAUCAACACCAUUUUCUUUGCCUCUGGCCUGAUCACGCUGCUGCAGGUCAUCUUCGGUGUCAGGCUUCCCAUCCUGCAGGGAGGCACAUUUUCUUUGAUGACCCCUGCCAUGGCCAUGUUGUCCACGCCAGAGUGGAAGUGUCCAGCUUGGACCCAGAACGCCACUCUGGUCAACACCUCCUCACCUCUGUUCAGAGAAGUGUGGCAGACUCGCAUGAGAACACUGCAGGGCUCCAUCAUGGUGGCCUCACUCCUCCAGAUCCUAGUCGGUUUCUCUGGCCUCAUCGGCUUCCUCAUGCGCUUCAUUGGGCCUUUAACCAUCGCCCCUACAGUCUCCCUCAUUGGCCUGUCACUGUACGAUUCAGCCGGAGCCAAGGUUGGCAGCCACUGGGGCAUCUCUGCUAUGACCACCGUGCUGAUCAUCCUGUUCUCCCAGUACCUCCGUCUCAUACCAAUCCCUGUUCCUGCAUAUAGUAAAGCCAAGAAACUGCACACCUCAAAGUUUUAUAUCUUCCAGUUCAUGCCUAUUCUGCUGGGCGUUCUGAUCUCAUGGUUAGUCUGCUACCUCCUCACCAUCUACGAUGUCCUGCCGUCUGAUCCAGCCCAAUAUGGUCACCUGGCUCGCACUAAUGUGAAGGGAGAUGUGGUGAACGAGGCUCCGUGGUUCACAUUUCCUUAUCCUGGUCAGUGGGGCAUGCCAGCUGUGAGCCUGGCAGGUGUGUUUGGCAUGAUGGCUGGAAUAAUAUGCUCCAUGGUUGAGUCUGUGGGCGACUACCACUCAUGUGCUACUCUGUCAAGGGCCCCUCCGCCCCCCAAACACGCCAUCAGCCGAGGCAUUGGCGUUGAGGGGCUCGGCAGUUUGUUGGCAGGGGCUUUGGGCACAGGGAACGGCACUACCUCACUUAGUCAGAAUGUGGCUGCCCUGGGCAUCACCAAGGUGAGCAGCCGAGUGGUGAUUCUUCUGAGUGGAGCUUUCAUGAUUUUGAUAGGAAUGGUGGGUAAAAUUGGAGCCAUCUUCACCACCAUCCCCACCCCUGUGUUGGGAGGGAUGUUACUGAUCAUGUUUGGAGUGAUAACUGCAGCAGGAAUUUCUAACCUGCAGUCCACAGACAUGAAUUCCUCCAGGAAUAUAUUUGUUUUUGGUUUUUCCAUGUUUUCUGCACUCGUCAUUCCAAACUGGAUCAUGAAGAAUCCUGAUUUCUUAGACACAGGUUUCAAAGAGGUCGACCAAGUGUUGCACAUAUUGUUGACGACCCACAUGUUUGUAGGAGGAUUUCUUGGCUUCUUCCUAGAUAACACAAUUCCUGGGAGCAAACGUGAGCGCGGCCUCUCAGUCAGGGACAAAGAUCAUCUUGAAGACUCGAGCUGCACCUUGGGAACUGAAGAGGUGUAUGACCUCCCCUUUGGCAUUACUUCUUGCCUCUCGUCCCAAUCUUGGGUUCCUGUAAUUGGGCUAGGGUCUUUGGCCUGA